AUGGUGGACCGUGUGGAAUCAUCGGGCGUGUACAUCGACGACCGAGUGCGCCGCUUCGUUCUCCGCCCCGACGAGCCCGAGGCUCUGCAGGCGGAUGUGGAGCAACUACUGGACGUGUGCAAAAAGAUCUACCUCUGCAGCAGCGGCUCCUCCUUCGCCACAAAACUGGCCGAGCUGAGCGACCGAUCGGGCAGCGACUGUGUCCCAAUAUUUGCGUUUUUCGGAAUUGACUUUGGAAGCGACGAAUCGAAUGUUGCUCGCCGGAAGGCCCAUCGGGCCUCGUGGAUAGACAAUGGUCCUCCUUCGCCCGGCUCCGUCCAGCGCACUUUUACCUUCUCUUCGCAUUUCGAUGAAGCCCCUGGACUGUCUCUUCUUUCCGGUAUCUCCACCGAUAUCCAAGUCCAAGAAGGCCCGAAUCUCGUCGUUCCGAUCGCGAUCCUUCGUUCCACCAGCUCCAGUGCGCCCGAUGCUUCAGAAAUAGGGGAAUUGAACCGGAAUCCAGUGACCUUAGAGCACAAGCAGAUUGCUCGGUGUCUCGAUGCCGGCGCCAUUGAUGUAUUAACUACGCCGCUCGAUCGACCUAGGAUUCAGGGCUUGGUGGUCCAUGCAUAUAGGACCCGGCGCACGGCGCAAAAGGAAAUGUCGCGCUUUUUAUCACGAAGGAAGCAGCGCAAGCUUUCGUGGGUUGGCACCAACGACGAAGAGCCUUACUCUUACCUAAGAGAGGCGAUGGUUUCUAAACUCAUGAAGGGAAUUUGCAAUCCAGAGGAGAUUAUCGAUGAUUUCCAGGAUCACGGACUUGACGUCAAGCCGGAGCGUGAGGCAUACAUCAAACAGCAAGUGGGCAGCUGGGGGUUCUCCGCACAUGAAUUCUCCGAGGACGAGCUGGUCUUCGGAGCAUGCACGAUACUCCAACAUGCUUUCACCCUGCCGGGGCUGGAGCAUUGGCAUUUGGCUCCCGGCGAGCUGCAGACAUUCUUACUUGCGUGCCGUGCAGCAUACAAUUCCUUCGUCCUCUAUCACAACUUCCGCCAUGCGAUCGACGUCGUUCAGUCGGUCUUUUGCUUUCUCCUCCACAUUGGUGCUCUGCCUCCGUACGAACCAAUUGGCCAAACUGCCGUUGAAAAAUCACCUGUCACCUCUCUUCUUUCCCCCUUCGACUCCCUCACACUACUCAUCUCCGCUAUCGGCCAUGACGUCGGCCACCCCGGAGUCAACAACUUCUUUCUUGUCAAGCUUAAUGCACCUUUAGCACAGCUCUAUAAUGAUAACUCCGUUCUCGAAGCGUUCCACUGCGCUGCGUUUUCGCAGAUUCUGCGUCGUCACUGGCCCGCCGCAUUCAAGGAUAAGCAACUUCGAAAGCUUCUUAUCAGCUCGAUUCUCGCAACGGAUAUGGGUGUGCAUCAAAAAUUCAUGGAGCGCAUGGGGUCGCUUCAAGAAAAGUUUUAUGAAAAUGGGAAGUCGGUCGAGGGCUGGAAACCCCAGGAUAUCGAAAUGUACAAGUCCCUUGUGUGUGGCCUUUUGAUCAAAUGCGCCGAUAUUAGCAACGUGGCACGGCCGUGGAUGAUUGCCGAGAAAUGGACUCAGAUUCUCCAAGAAGAGUUUGCCAACCAAGGCGAGAUGGAAAAGGAAGUUGGUAUGGAGACUGCGCUGUUCGGUGGCCCACCGGAGCUGGGUAACAUUUACAAGCUGGCAACAGGCCAGAUUGGGUUCAUGUCCAUCUUUGCUUUGCCCCUCUUCGAGGGUGUCUCUGAUUUGCUUCCUACCUUGCAGUUCACCGCGGACCACAUUCGCGAUAACCAAGCGCAGUGGCAACAGCUGGCCAACGAUGAGAUGCGGAAACAAGGACUCCAAGUUGAAGAUCCUAAGGAAAAUACUGUCUCUCCUCGCUCCCGGAGUCCUGCUCGCCCUGGUGAGACUGAUGGGGUCGAUGAAGCAGAGGAAGCUCCUGGCUUGGCGGGAGAGAAAUGUCGUAACUCUAUCUCGCCUGGUUCAUCUGAGGAAACCGUUUCUCAGCCUAGUGCUUACCCGGAGAACACUAUAGAGCCUGUGACUUCCCCAGACACCCCGGGCCCCCAGAUCGAGAUUACUGGGAGUCCACUCGGUCCUGAUCUGCCUUCACGCAAGUCUUCUAGUGCGAUGCCGGACCUUGCCUACUUCUCUAACCCUGUGGCCCCGAAACGGGCAUCAGAAGGCAAGCAAUACCGCACUGCACUCACAGAGGACACACCGUCUUCUGCCGACCCAGCGACCCUGGCAGCCGCAUUUUAUGCCAGUUCAGCUACAAAUAACAGUGCCGCCCCAGCUGGGCCAGAUCGCGACUCCGUUGAUCGGCCGAGCAGUUCUCGUCAAGGGCCUCCUCCUUCUCACCAUGCACAUCACAGCUCCUCCGUACGCACCUCUGGACCGUCUAGCUCCAACCGCAACAGUUGCACCCGUACUCACAGCAUCAGCGCAUACAGCAACAACAUGACGCCGAUCUCCCCGGCCACUAAUGCUACCAGCUUUUUGGCCGUCGACAGCGGGGAUGAGAAGCGUAUCUCCGAUGACAGUGCUCCCCAGAGCGAGACAGGGGGUCCAGAUGACAGCAGUACUCGUCCGAGUACCUCAUAUGCUUCCAACAUGGGUGACCACGAGAGCAACUACAGUCCUGGCCGCAGUUCUUGCAUGGCUCCCAGCCAUUCAUCUGAGGAUGGCCAUAGCAAGGAACUUUCCACGACUAUCAUCAACGGUACUCGAAGCCCCACUCAAUCAACCGCCACUGGAGGCAGUACUCAGAACGAGCACAUGUCAGGGGAGGACAGCAGAAACGGCGGACCUGGACUGCGCCGGCUACCAAAGCGUCGCAGCCGACUGCGUCUUGCGUUCUGGAAACGCCGCAAUCACCAUCAGCAAGAAGUCCAAGGCGAAAGUUGA